AUGGAGCGUUCCAACUCGGAGGCGGUCCGUAACCACCUUCAUACUGCUCCUACGGAACCGUUUCCUCCCCAUGACCAUAUGGACCCCGAGUCCCUCCAUACUCGCCUCCAGGCCGAGUCCGAUCGAGCAGAUGACUCGGACACGCUCCGUCCAAGUGCUUCCCAGGCACGCGAGGAAGCCUCCAGACUCGAAGACGAACUUGCCGUGCAGAGGGCAGAACGGCUGACCUCAAUAGCCGAAGAAGAGGCAGAGGGUCGGGCAUCCUUACACAUGUCCCGUUCCAGAGGCGGAGAACCUGUCGACGAAUUCGAUAUUGCUACCAAUCCCAUUCACGAACGAGCUGCCAUCUACAACCCUCCGGAAAACCCAAGCAGCAAGCUCGGCAGGUUUUUUAAAAACGUCCAUCAAUCCUCAUUCCUUGUCCGCUACUUCACCUACAUCGUUCCCGUCGCCUUGGUCUUGUUGAUUCCCAUCUUGAUAGCAAGAUUUGCUCCUAUUGCGUCUGGAGCCAAUGUUGGUGGCGUCCAUCUGUUGUGGUUUUGUAUCUGGCUCGAGAUUGUUUGGCUUACCUUGUGGGCCGCCAGAAUUGUUGCGCGACUCAUCCCCUAUCCGUUUGGUCUGGUUGCGGGCCUUUUCACCAACAACGCCAAAAAAUGGCGUGAUAUGGGUAAAGCCCUCGAAGUUCCCGCCACCCUGUUUUUCUGGUGGCUUGGUAUUGAGGUUUCCUUCCUCCCGACCAUGACAAACCACAUGGUUGAAGGAGGUACGCGGGACUGGCAACGAAACACUAACAUAGUUUUCAUCUCCAUCUUUGUCGGUACCACCAUCAACUUCGCUGAGAAGAUUAUCAUCCAACUCAUCGCCAUCUCGUUCCACCUCCGCACUUAUGCAGACCGCAUCGAAAUCAACAAAUUUCAGAUUGGCAGUCUGACCAAACUGUAUAUCUACUCCAAGACCAAAAUCGCCAUGGAAGAUGCCGAGUUCGAAGAUCGACCCUCGGGAACUGCUUCUGGUACUCGUACACCAGCCAUAUACGCCGAGAAGGCUCAGGACGCAGUCAAUCGCGCCUUUGCAAAAGUCGGCGACGUGGCCGGCACGGUCGCGGGUGAUUUCACCGGGAAGAAAAUUGCCAAGAGUGGACAUCCCGCUCAAGUCAUUCUCACUCUCUUGCACAGCACCUCUGGGUCACAAGUCCUGGCCCGUCGCUUGUAUCGAACCUUUGUCCGAGAAGGCAGCGAGACGGUGUCUUCGGAAGACCUUAGGUAUGCUUUCGACAACGACGACGAAGCCGAAGCUGCUUUUACCAUGUUCGACAAGGAUCUCAAUGGAGACAUUUCCAUGGAAGAGUUGGAAAAUGUUUGCGCCGAGAUUGGAAAGGAACGCAAGAGUAUCACCGCCUCCCUCAAAGAUCUCGAUUCAGUCGUCUCCAAACUAGAUGGUGUGCUAUUCUUUGUGGUCUGCGUCAUCACCAUCUUGGUCUUUAUUUCGCUCAUCUCCACCUCGGCUGCUGGGGUCUUGACGUCUGCCGGGUCGGCGGUCCUGGCAUUGUCGUGGCUGUUUAGUGCAACAGCGCAGGAGUUUCUUCAGUCUUGCAUCUUUGUAUUUGUUAAACAUCCUUUUGAUGUGGGAGACAGGGUGACAAUCUACGGUUCAACUGGAAACAUGAUGCGUGGGGAUGACUAUUUCGUCAAGGAGAUCGCCCUGUUAUACACCGAGUUCAAAAAGAUGGAGGGUCACGUGGUCCAAGCCCCUAACAGUUACCUCAACACGCUCUUUGUGCUCAACAUGCGCCGGUCUGGAGCCCUGGCGGAGGCAGUCCCCAUCAAUAUCAAGUUCGGAACCACGCUGCAACAAAUCGAAGGUCUGCGGAAUGAAUUGCUGGAUUUUGUUCGAGAAGAGAAGCGAGAGUAUGGUAACAACAUUCUCACCGAACUCCGCGAGGUGGAGAAGGUGUAUUCUCUGACGUUGAACGUGGUCUUUUUCUACAAGUCGAAUUGGCAGAAUGAGUUGCUACGUCUUCAACGUCGAAACAAAUUCAUCUGUGCAUUGAUGGUGGCUCUCCAAAACCAGGGCAUCGAGGGACCACAGACCAACCAGGCCGGUUGGCGUGCAGACAUGCCUUUCUUCUUGUCUGGUUAUCCUCCACCAGGUCAGAACCCGGGGCAGCCCGACGUCUACGGAGGUCCUGCCCCUGUCGAAGCAACCCCUACAACACCGUCACUUUCUCAUCCGUCGAUAUUGAGACGGAGAGCUCCCCGUGCGAGAGGCGAGUCCAUCUCAUCCAUCGCUAAGCGCGUGGACUUUUCGCUGGGAUCCCGGGACGCAGGCACCGUCGAUUCUUUUUCAGACGUUUACGACGGCCGUCAACGACCGGUGUAUGAAGACGUCAUCAAGGAGUCUAACGAGUCGGCACAAGCUUCGAGAAGGGCAUCGCAAGAACGGGAGGCCAAUGAAAGAAGGUCCAUCGAAAGACGGUCGACAUCACAAGAUCACACGAUGAUGAGUGGAAUCCUGCGCCGAUCUACAGAUCGAGCAACCAGCCGGAGUGGACGAGGCAACAGUAUUGUCUAAGUUUGGCCCAGGGCGCCCGAGCUUGAAAUGAAGAGGGCUUUGCUGUGCUCGCAACUUGCGUUUUGUACAUGACCAACUUGAAGUGCGGCUUGA